ACAUGCAAAUCAGCCCUUAUAAAUACUAACAACAGCCACUCAGCGCCAGCAGCACGUCUCAAUAGGAUUGCAUAAUAAACACGGGACGCCUCGCCUCGCCUGCGAGUUGUUGAUUUUGUUCUCUUCCUGGAACCGGCUGUGUUCGCCAGCUGCCUCUUCACUGGAGGCGAGUCGACAGAAGCGGCGAUCCGACCAACAUGGCCCCCUCGGCUCGGCCCAGCAACACGGCACCAGACAUGGAAGAGGACGAGCCCUACUAUGGGAUCCACAAAGCGGACCGAAAGGUCAGGAAGCCUCUGGUGGAGAGGAAGAGGCGAGCUCGCAUCAACGAGAGUUUGCAGGAGCUGCGGACUUUGCUGGCGGACACAGACCUUCACUCUAAAAUGGAGAACGCAGAGGUGCUGGAGAUGACGGUGAAGAAGGUGGAGGACAUCUUGAAGAACCGGAGCCAGGAAACAGACUCGCUGAACCACGAAGCCAGUGAGAGGUUUGCAGCCGGCUACAUCCAGUGCAUGCACGAGGUCCACAUGUUUGUGUCCAGCUGUCCCGGGAUAGAUGCCACGGUGGCGGCGGAGCUUCUCAACCACCUCCUGGAGUGCAUGCCCCUGAACGAGGACCACCUCCAGGACGUGCUGGCAGAUCUGAUCACAGACACCCCCGGGGGCCACGGCAGCACUUGGCACGGAGGCGACGAGACGUUCUGCUCGAGUCUGGCCUCGCCCGGAGGACGGAGUCUCUCCACCUGCUCGUCCUCAGCCCUCUCCCCGGCACCGUCCACCACGUCCAGCGAGGACCUGUGCUCCGACUUGGACGACACAGACAGCGAGCACAACCAGAGCUCCACGGAGAGCAUGGAGAGCAGGGAGGUCCUCGGCAUGCCCGCCAUGACAUACCCUCAGUCUAUGUGGAGACCCUGGUAGAGGGCAGGAGGGGAGACAUGUUGCAGCAGGGGAUGAGGGACAUCCACUGGACCCUCCUGCUGACAUAAGGGGAAAUUCCACCUCAUACAAACUUUUUUGGUGGCAUACCCUGCAUCCAUGAACUCCUUGACCCCUGCAGGUAGCUGGUCACAUGCAUGGAUUUUCAAUAAUCCAAUCUGUUCAAUAGGAGACCUUACAGUUCUGACAGCAGCCUAGGUUCACCCAAAAUGGAAUAAAUCCGUGGAUCGCUCUGCAUUUAAGGAGCAACCUGGACUGUGGCUUUUCUUUUCAACCGAUUGAAGCGAGAUGACGGGCUUUCCCCUGAAUUCUGGGAAAUGUAGGAAACAACUUAGUGAAGUGUAAAAGUAGAAGUAGACAACAGUGCCUCGGAUAUCACAGAAGAACGUGUAAACCGGAGUGUUAGAAGGUGGAGUCUUCCUUUCUCUCAUCGGAGGGGCCCUUCCUCUCAAUGGAAGUGACACCCAGCUUUGAGUCGUCUGUUGUGACACCCCCCUUCACGUGAAGACUCUCUCCCCCCCCCAUCAACACACUUAUAACCCAACAAAGGACAGAAAACGAACAGUUCCGGAUGUUCACACUUUUUUUUUUGUCAAUAACUCUGUGUACAUAGGAUUUUGUAUGAGGAGUGAAGCUCUUUUAGAAGAUUGCCUCUGAUUAAUUAAUUAAUAUAAAAUAUUUCUAUUGUAUUUCCGACCUGUAGUUUACUGGACGGUUGUAGCCUCCUACAGAAUGACCACUUUAUGUUGUAAUGAUGUUUAGAACAGCUGUAGCCUGUAUAUUGUCUUGAGUUUUC